AGCGCAUCGGGCCCGAAUCAUUCUACACACAAAACUUUUCCAAUAACGUGAAAGAUGGGCUUCAAGACCGUAACGCUAGUUGGCCUAUUGCUCUGUGCUGUUGGCCUCGCCUCGGUUAAUGCCGGCAACGAUUACCUCUGGGGCGAAAUAGGACCCAACGACUACCAUCUGGCCAAGGAUACAGUGUCGAAGGCUUUCUUUGUGGGUCUGGUGCAGAGCAAGAAAUAUGUUUUCAAGCAGAAAAACAAUCUGGAUGCUUUGACCAUUACGGCCAUUAAGGUGACCGAUAAGAAGAAGAGCAAUGGCGCUACGGCUGUACUUGUUGCUGGCGGACCUGGCUCGAAGGGCGCCACCAUUCAGUUUACUUCGCAACGUGGCUAUGGCAUCAAGGAUGUGGUUGAGAUCUGGGGCCGUUAAAUAUUGAACGAGUUUGCACCCAGCUUGUAAGCCUAAAAGUAUGCCUUCAGCUUGGGAAUAAACUGCUUUGACUACUACUGAAA